AUGUAAGAGUUGCUGAUAAAGUUAUUCAAUAUUGUAAUAAAAUAAGCAAAUUAAUUAGAUUUGUGAAGAGGAUCAGACAAAAUAGAAGUUUUAUAAAUGCAAUAAUACAUGCGAAUAGUUAAAAUUAAUUACAGAUAUUAUAAUUAAAAAGUAAUCAGAAUUCUUAAGUUUGGAAAAACAAUUAUAGAAAUAUGAAUCUGAAGUUAGAAAGAACAUUAGAGUAUUCAAAUAUUUUUAAUUUAUAGGAUUAGUAUUUGAUGUAAUAAUAAUAAGAUGAUUUAUAACAAAAAGUAGAAGAAUUAGAAAAAUCAAGAAAUGAAUUUUUAAGCAAUACCAAGAAUACCAUUAUUGUAAUUAAUCAAUUUAAAUCUUAGAAAUUAAAAAGAGAAAAUGAAGAAUUGUAUUAAAAAUGUAAAUCCUUAACUGCUUAAUUAUAAAAAAUUGAUAAUUAAGUAUAUUCAUUAAUCAUCAAUAUAUUAGUCAAUUAGUAAAUAUUCAACUGUAGAGAAUACAAUUACAAAUAUCACUAAUACACUUGAUUAAACUAAAAUAAGACCAAAAACGAAUACAACACCUUAGAAAUUGAAAACAGAUGUGGAUACUUCUUAAAAAAGAUUAAGUCAAUAACUAAUUAAACCAAAUUAUUUUCAAAAAAAACAAUCAACACAGAUUUCUAUACAAAAUAAACGAUAGUCCUAUUAAUAUAUGGAAAAUUAACUAAAUUUAACAACUAGUAUGUGA